UAGUCGGACCCCGUAAACCCUGUUCAGCUGCAGGCUUAGAUAUAAUUUUGCAGAACGCGUCAUCCUACGAAUUCAAUAUCUUGUCUUUGACCUUGAAUUAUGGAAGUUGAUCCCUUGGCCGAUGCCCUUCCACCGCGCUAUGCCAUCGAGUCCGAUGAUGAGGACGAAUACAACCCACUAGGCUCCACUCGCCAAGCAGCUGAUCAGGUCCCAAUUGUAAACAUAAAAAUCGAAGGCCAAUUCACCACUGGUUAUCCCCUUGUUAUCGUAUCAGGCCCUGCAGGGUAUUUUUGGGCCGAUGGCGCAAACCUAGGGGAACAGCAGGGCGCCAUAUUUGUCAAUAAUAUUCAGGUAGGAUUGCUGUUUAAGCCCUCGUCAGCCCGUGCGGUUGUACUGGUCUCCGAAGCUACUACGGCGCUGCCUUUAUGGUCGAUGAACAAGUAUGCGAAUGAUAUCCUGGAUCGCCUCCAACCAUCAUCCAUUUCAAUCCUCGAUGUGUAUUCCGUCCAAAGCUACAUUUCAUCAGAACUCUUGCCCGUGCAUGAGUCACCCGUUCGCUAUUUGUCUCUCCAGAACAUAUCCCUGAAUCCCUUCCAGACUUUCGCCCCUCCGAACAUUCUCCAGUCGGCAUCGGCAGCAUUCAUGUCUGCAAUGAACAUACGCACUCUUUCUUCGUCGCAUCAAAAUAAUGCUGUGGUUCUACUCCUUCCAUUACCAGGAAUACCCCGCACCGCGCCAUCCAAACUAUCACCUAGUAGACUUUCACGUCCAUCAGGGGACCCAGCAUGGCCUGUUGAAAUGAUGGUGGAAGUAGACGAAAGGCUGUUUGAGGUUGUCGGCGCGAAACGAUCCGGUACUUGGGCACUCAAAAGUACGCCUGCAGGGAGCGCGAGUUUGACACAAAAGAGGCGGAAUUUUGCAGAGGUCGGUGAGGGUGGAAUGUACAUAUGAUAUGCAAGCAGUGGGCAUUCGGCAAAGCUCAAAUGAAAAGGAAAAUGCCUUAUAACUCAUAACUCGUUCCAUCUAUACCUGAG